GAUCAGCCGUAUACGUACGGUCCAUGUGGCCCAAGUCCUAUCAUAUUUUAUGCAUAGCGUUGUGUGAACGUUGCGUUGAUCGCCAGACUCGCCGUCGUAUGGCAAGCGAAGGUCUCGGAAGUAGAAAGCCCAAACAGUUUGAUUCUUGCAUCGAGUAAAAAAGGUUGCAUUGUGUUUGCCGUAAGUUUCGGAGCGAGUUGACCGACAAAUCUCCGUUUUUCCUUGGACAGCGCCGAUCGAAACGUGUUUAUGUUGAAAAGUUUUUUUUUUAUGAAAAGUGCAGUGAAAAGGUGCAGCAUAAAAUCGGAAGAGUGCAAGAGCAAGAUAAAACAAUUGUGUGUCCAAAUGUUUAUGAUUUUAUGCACAUGAGAAACCAUUUUGUGCAACAAAGUAAGACGGUGGUGCAGUUUGCUGCGAUCAAGUGUUGGCUCCCCUUUGGAGUUCACCGUGGUUUAGUCAGCAGAAGGCGGCAUUAGUGGCCCCAGCGCGAGAAGAUUUGAAGCAUAAAAAUAAGAGUGCAGUGCGGAGCAGACAAGAGAAACGACCCGAACGCCAGAGUCCGAGGCAAACGAGGAGGGCCACAGUCGCAGAGCACUUUCCAUUCUCAUGCCCCUACUGGACAGCGGUUUGCAGUAAAGAAAAAGUUGAUGUUGACUAAUCUCGUAUUAGAUUUCCUAGCAUGUCAGAACGCCGUGGUACGAAGGCUCUAGAACUAUGGUGUCGCCGCGUCACCGAGGGCUAUAAGGAUGUCCGAGUCACAAACAUGAGCACCUCCUGGCGCGACGGCCUCGCUUUCUGUGCAAUCAUCCACAAUUUUCGACCGGACUUGAUAGAUUUUGCGGCACUCAAAAAAGACGAUAUAUACUAUAAUAAUGAAAUAGCAUUCAGUAUCGCGGAAAAGCAUCUCAACAUCCCCUCACUGUUGGACCCGGCUGAUAUGCUAAAGUAUGAAGUGCCUGACCGUUUCUCAAUACUAACCUACCUAUCACAAUAUUACCGAGUAUUCAGUAAUCAAGAACCAACCACCACGAACAAAAAAGUAGCAGAAAAGGAAACCAAAUCGACGGACGGUUUGGACGGCAAGAUGGCCAACUCAACCGCUUUCGUUGGAGUCCCAAAACGUGAGCCCUGCCGCAAGUGCGGAAACCCGGUCUUUUUUGCCGAGCGGAUAAGUUUCGAACAAAAACUGUUUCAUCGCUCUUGCCUAAAAUGUGCCCGCUGUGGGACUCAGCUUACGUUGGGCAGCUUCUACGAGACGGAAACCGAUGGCGAAUAUUGCUGCGAAACGUGCCCAGACGAGGAAAUCCAAAUCACUGAACGACGACGAUCGAUGUCGUCAGACGUGGCGGAGCCGCCCGUUAAUAAUAGUCGUGACAAUGUUCGCAUCAGUCGUAGCAGUAAACUGUUGGAGCGCAUAUCGUUUUUCGAGUCGGCAUCACUUAGCGAUGAGGAGAAAUCAGUCAACAUGGUUCGGCGGGCCAAGAUGACUAGCUUCCUCAAAGAUUCGCUGGAAAACGGUAAAGAACCAGAGAAGACUGAACCAACCGCUGCCGAAGAGUCUUCGGAUAGCGACAUAGAGCCGGAAGGCGAAGAGCCUCCUCCAAUCCCGCCAACAACUGAACCUCCUCCAUUGAUAUCUCAAGAAAUAGAACAAUACCUAAUUGAAUCUACUGUCGGUAAUGAAUCGCCUCAAAUACCUAGCGAAGUCAAUUCGGAAGAGAAACGAAACGGCAAUCAAGGAACUGACGAAUCCGUUACUGAGUGUGAUAACAAUGAAUCUCUUGAGUCACCUAAAAUCAAACGUAAGACUUCUAGAACUUCUGAUGAAUUGAAAAACAUCAUUGAUGUUGAGCCUGAAAAUUUGGAAGAGGAUUCAAUAGUUCAGCCAACAGUAGGUGAAAACGCAUCCAAUGAGAAAGAAAAACAUACUCUCGAUACAGAACUUACAGUUAGGGAAGACUUGAAUGAUGAGCUACAUAAUGAACCAGAAAAGGUGGAAGAGGAAAAGAAUCAGUCAAUAAAUGUGCCUGAGGUUAAUGUGAUUUGUGAUGAAACGAUUGACUCUACUUUGAACAAACUAGACGAAGUGCCUAACCAUGAAGCCAUUGAAAUAAGUGAUAUCGUUAUUGAUGAACAGAAAAAGCCGGAAAUUAUAUUAGAGUCUGUACAAAACCAGGAUCAAGAGCCUACAGCUGAAGAACAGUAUCCUUCGGAUUUGAAUCCCUUUGGAGACGAUUCUGAUGAAGAUAAAACGCCAAUUCCGUCCAAGCCUGUUCCUUCAGCACGUAAAGCUAGCACAAAUCCAUUCGGAAGUGAUGACGAAGAUGAAUCGGUGCCAAUUAGUAAUAAACCGCCUCGUCCACCACCUCCCAAAAUAAAAUCUGUUCCUGCAAAUCCAUUCGGCGAAGAUGAAGACGACGAACCUGAGAAAGAAAUUGUUCCAGUGAUCGUUAAACCCUCUCCUCGACGAACUCCGGUUCCCACACCGCGCAAGCAGCACAACCAUUCAGAUUCUAUAAGCUCGGUGGAGACCUCUUUUAUGUCGAGUCAGUUCGGUGGCUCAAAUGUCUCGCUUGCUUCAUCUUUGGACAGUGCAUCUGCUUCAAUGACUAUAACGCGCCGCAAAAAAUCAAAAGCACCGGAUGUACCAGUUGCCAGUACAAAAGUAUCAACCGAAAACUUAUCCUUAUCUACGACGCCGCGUAAAAAACGCAUAGCUCCGGCGCCUCCGUCAUCUACGCCGAAGCCAAACGAACAAAAAUCACUAUCCCCCAACCCUACUCAGCGACUCAUAAAACUCGAUGCCAGUUUAAUCAGCAAUGAUUCAGACUUCAACGAGUCGAUGAGUCGAGUAUCAAACAACGACUCUGUAGUCUACCGCAGAACCAUCGUUCCCUUGAAAGUUGACGAUGAUAGUCUGACGCUGGAUACUAUACCGAGCGAAAGGCAAUGGGAGAAAAUGAAGGACAACAAGGAAGCUCAAAACCGCAAUCGUCAAUCGCAGACGUCACCAACCAGCUCUCAGAACGACUCCUACAACGCAUUGAUCUCCAACAAAUCUCAGCAGGGUAAAUGGAAGCGGCGCAAAGGGCCGGCGCCGGCUUUGCCUGUGCCAUUGCCCGAGCGAAAGGCGAUCAAAAUGCUCCCGCUGAAAGAGAUUCGCCAGGAGCUGGACAUUAUCGAAACGCAACAACAGGGACUGGAGAAGCAGGGCGUGAUACUGGAGCAGAUGAUUCGCGAACGGUGCGAAGGCGUCGAUCCGGAAAUGGAUAUCACCGGGAUCCAGACCAAUUCGAAGGAGGUGGAAGAUCUGAUUAUGCAGCUGUUUGAGCUGGUGAACGAGAAGAACGAACUUUUUCGGAGGCAAGCCGAGCUGAUGUAUUUGCGCCGUCAGCAUCGAUUAGAACAGGAACAGGCUGAUUUGGAGUACGAAAUUCGUCUGUUGAUGGCACAGCCUGAACGGAACAAAACUGACACCGAUAAAGAGAAGGAAGAAGCAUUAAUCGCUCGGUUGGUUGAGAUCGUCCAGAUGCGAAAUGAAGUAGUUGACUGUCUUGAAAUGGAUCGACUGAGGGAAGCGGAAGAGGAUAUGAGCAUUAAACAAAGUAUCGAAGAAAGAGCAGCCAGCCAGCAGAAGCACGGUAAAAAGGAUUCCGACUCGGAGAAAGCUGUUGGAAGUGGUGACGCAUCGGUGAAGUUAUCGAAGAAAGAAAAGAAGAAACUCAAGGAAGCAAAAAAGCUGGCCAAAUCGAAGAAAAUCGACUCAGAGAAGGAUGCUGACGAGACCGAAAGCAGCACCAAAGAAAAGAAAAAGAAGAAAAAAUUCUUUGCUGACUUCCUGCAUCCUAAAUCAUCUAAUUGCUAGAAUAAAUUUCAAGCUUGUUCAGACACAGAAUCAAUCUAUUAAAUGGUCUAUAGCAACAAAAAGCUUUCCGCUUAUAUUUUUAGAUUCUGUGUGGCAUGUUAUCAUACGUGCGAGCCUUGCUUUAAACAAUCGAAACAAUCGUACAUUCCAGUUUGCUGUUGCAUACUAUAAUAGUUCUUCAAUACUCCUGAAGAAUAUAGUAAAGAAGUAGUUAAUUAGCUGUUAAAUUAUGACAUAAUUUUCCCCGCUUCGUUCAUAUCAUUUUGAUUUAACAAUGUUAAAGUUUUUCGUGUCUUGUGAUCGUUUCAUUUGUCAUUUCAGAAAGCAUUUAUAUAUCUAAACGAUACAUUUUGUAAAAAAAGACGUGUUCUAGCUCGGUUAAGUUUUGUUUACCUUUUUUAUCGUUUAUGAUAUGGGAUCCCUAUUUUUUUCUGUGCGAUUUGUGAAUAUAUGUAGUAACAAUAGAAAUAGUCAAAA